AUGAAGGUCUCAUCGAUUGUCGCUGCCACCGCUGCUACGUUCAUUGCUGGCGUUUCCUCCACUCCUCUUGCACCGCGCCAGACUGAUGUGAACCCAUUCGCUGGAAAGACUUUCUACAAGAGCCCUCAUUUCCGGGCAUCGGUUGAAGCUGAGAUCACCCGUCUCAAUGCAGAUGGAAAGACCGAGCUCGCUGCCAAGGCGGCCAAAGUUGCAGAAGUCCCAGUUUUCAUCUGGAUCUCGGAUACUGCGGCUGUCAGCACCAUUUCUGGAUACCUCAAAGAUGCAGCGGCGAUCCAGAAGUCAACGGGAAAGAAACAGAUUGUUCAGCUUGUAGUGUACAAUUUGCCAGACCGCGACUGCUCCGCCAAAGCCUCUGAUGGGGAAUUCCAUCUUGACAACGCUGGUGAGGCACGUUACGAGGCCUACAUCAAGGCAGUAGCGAGCCAGUUGCAGCGCUACCCCGAAGUCUCGGUUGCCGUGUCCCUGGAGCCUGACUCCAUUGGUAACUGUGAUGGUGACGAAUCUUUCGGUUCCCAAGUGCGGGAAUGCAGCACCAGCACACAAACGCCUCCUUGGAUUGGCGAUAUCGUUAUUGCAACUCCCAACGUCAGCCUUUACCUCGAUGGCGCCCACGCUGGUUGGCUCGGAUGGCCAGACAACCUUGCUCCUACCGCCUCCGUUCUCGCCGAGAUUCUCAAUAACGCCAAGGCCCGCAACCCGAAGUCAACUGUUCGUGGACUUGUGACAAAUGUCAGCAACUAUAAUGGAUUGGGUAACCAAGAACAACAAGGGCGCGACGAACUCAAGUACAUCAACGACUUGGCACCCUUGUUGACGGCAGCUGGAUACCCAGCGCACUUCCUCGUUGACCAAGGUCGAUCUGGAAACCAGGAGGCGGCCCGAGACGGUGGCGACUGGUGCAACUUCAAGUACGCUGGUUUCGGACCUCGCCCCUCGGCUACAACCCCAAGCUCACUUAUCGACGCGAUUGUCUGGGUCAAGCCGGGUGGAGAAUCAGACGGAACCUCAGAUCCUGCAUCCCCUCGUUAUGAUACCACAUGCACAUCUGCUACCUCGUACAUCCCAAGUCCCGAAGCAGGCAACUGGCAUUCGGCCAUAUUCGAAUUGUUGAUCGAACAGGCUAACCCGGCGUUCUAA